AUGAAACUUAAGCCCGUGUUGUUGCUUGUAGCCCUUGCUCAGCCCGUCAGCGCCGCAGACCUGGGAACCUUCGGUGAGGUUUGGGACGUUCGGGAACAGAAUUUACUCACAGUCAUCCAAACACGCCUGAAAGACCAUUUUGCCGGCCGCAGCCAGGCCGACAUCCAGAAAGAAUUGCAAGACCGCGUCACUGAAAGCGCAAUGCGGCCCGCGCCAGUGGAAGGUUUAGGGCGCGGUCCUAAAACCUGGGUGCGCCAGUUUGAUCCGGCCAUCGUCUCCAGUCAGGAACUGGCCGACCACAACGGUACCGUCUUUGUCCGCAAGGGACAGCGCGUCUCACCUUUCGAUGUCAUCCCGGUCUUCAACGAAACGCUGUACUUCAUCGACGGAGACGAUGCUGAGCAGGUGGCAUGGAUGAAACAGCAAAAACCGACCACGGUCGUCAGCAAAAUUAUUCUGGUCAACGGCAGCAUCAAGGACAGCGCCGAAGCGCUAGACAGCCGUAUUUACUUUGACCAGGGGGGCGCGAUUGUGCGUCGUUUCGGCAUCAAACAAAUCCCGGCCAUCAUCACCCAGGAGCCUGGAAAACCUUUACUGCGUAUAACCGAAAUAGGAUUACCUUGA